CAACGACUGUCGGCGGUGUAGGGAAAUCCCCGUCGUUGUAAACAUACAGGUUCUUGAAAGCUGCUUCAGUGUCACGCACGUGCCAAUUCUUGUUGCGGAGGUUUUUGCGCGCUCCACGUUGUUAGCUAAAUCAUGGCAGAGAAAAGAAAUAACGAUGAUCCGAUUGACAAUUUGCCAAAAUAUGGAAUAUUUGGUCCAACGAAGCCAGUUAAACACGGAGUUUGUGUAAGUGAUCUGAGGGAAGCUGGCCAUGAAGGUGCAGUACUUGAGUUUUGCACUGAUGAAAUUUCUGAAAAUGUCGACGAAAGAAUACAGCAAGAGGACAAAUAUUUCGAUUCGCCAGACAUGUCAAAAUGUUCAUACAUUUUGGAAGAGCUAUGUGCUGCCUCAGACGACGAUGAAUCAGUUCCAAUGUUUGACAGAUUAAAGGCAAAAAUGAAAAACGUAACAGAAGAUGGCGGCGUGAAAAAAGCCAUACUGAGUGAGGGCGUUGGUGGAGUUGUUCCAGCAGAUUCACGGAUCAGAGCGCACUAUCAUGCUUUUUUGGAAGACAUGAGUGAGCCAUAUGAUUCAAGCUAUCUGCAGGGGAAGGAGUUGAAAAUAACUUUAGGGAAAGGACUAGUAAUUCCAGGCCUUGAUCUAGGAAUAGCUUCCAUGCGUAAGAAGGAAAAAUCCAGGUUUUUAGUGUGUCCUGAAUACGCGUAUGGUGAAAUGGGAUGUCCACCACGCAUCCCCUCUAAUGCAACAAUACUGUUUGAAGUAGAGCUUCUGGGAUUUACAGAAUCAUCUAUUCUUGAUGAAUGUGAGGGUAUGAAUUAUAACAGACAAGAAUUUACAUUCAGCAAAAUGCUUGAAGUUGCUAAAGCGGAGAAAAAUGAAGGAAAUGAUCUUUUCCAUCAGAAGCAAUACAUUAAAGCUCAGCAUAAAUUCAUGAGAUGUAUCAACGCAAUGGAAUCUGUGCGACUCAAAGACGAAAAUGAAGAGGUCGAAAUGAUAAAAAUUGUUAGCAAAUCAUAUCAAAACAUGGCGCUUUGCUGUCUUCGACUGGGUAAUUUUGGAAAAGCUCUCGCAGCCGGCAGACGCGUUUUGGAAUACGACCCUGACCACGCAAAAGCGUUGUUUAUCGUUGGUAAAGCGUUACGUCAUAUUGGUGAUUUCAAGGAGGCAAGGAAGUAUAUGUUGCGUGCUCGUAAAUUUGCGCCGACUUCUGAUGACAUAACCAAAGAGUUGAAGCUGAUCGACAAGACCGAGGAACGUUUUCGUAACGCCGAAGUAGGCAUGUAUAAGAAAAUGUUUAGUGGACAUGUAAACGUCACGCAAAACGGGAUUCCAACACCGCGCACGAAGGUCACGUCAACUAAACAACAACAGGGCAUAGCAAUGUCAUCGUUCCAGUCGGUCAUCAAAGGCCGACUGGAAGAUUUCAAGAAAAAUAACGCAAUUCUAGAGCUCGGUAUUCCCAUAUCAGCAUUUACACAACACGAAAUUCUUUGUGCAGCAAAUACUGCAGAAGAAAUGAGACUAGAUGUGGAAUUGAUAGACAAGCCAGGGAAGCCAAAACAACUGAAAAUCACUAAACCGAAGUUUCAAUAAUUUUUCAGCUAUUUGCCUGAAUACCUUUACACUUUGUCAGUAUAAAUUGGAAUUGGUUGCUGAUGUUGCCAUUCGAUAUCACUUGCGGAAAUGUCGAAAAUAAUAACAGUGUGAACACAAAGUUGAAUAAGUUCGAUUUAUUUUCUUGUUGUAUGAGUUGUAGUAUAACACCUGACACCUCCACCCAUUAAAAUCACUACUAAUUGAUUUGAGUGCCAAUUUGUGUAGACAGAUGAUUUUUUGUUUUGCCAUCACUGCCCAUUGUUUCUUUCUACAUUUUUUUAUGAUUCAUUAAUCCAUUUUAACAUGCUUGAUUUCAAGGUGUUUUAAUAAUCGUGUAUCGACAUAUAAAUACUUUCGAUUAUGAUUUCAUGGAAAAUUUCUUUUCAAUAAAAAAUAUUAAUAUA